AUGGGACAUGCUCAUACCAUACAACGGCUUAUACAGAUCUCCGCCAGCAGCACUAAAAGUCCAACCUUGCGACUCAGCCCAAAUCCUUCACGUCCUUCACAUCGCAAUCGUUGGAGUCCACUCCUUUGGUCGGCCAUCCGGGGAGAUGAAGACGUGACCAGGCUGCUCCUGGGUAUAGAAGACAUCGAUGUGAACAUCAAAUGUCCGAGAUCCCGGACCCCACUCUCAGUUGCUGCCGAACAAGGGUUUGUGGGUGUUGCCCGGCUGCUUUUGGCUGCAGGGGCCAAUCCAAAUACCAGCGACGACCUCAUGAGGUGGACGCCGCUACAUUGGGCAGGAUCGCCUCAACUUGCGGGUGAGAGUCGUGAUUUGGGUCGCCAAAAUAUGUUUAGGAAAGAGGUGCAAGAUCCUAAAUGUAAUAUCCACUGUCCGUUGGUCGUUUAUUUCGAGGUCGAUAUUGUCGGCUCCUCAAUUUGGAUGAAGAAAGAAAGAGGGAUAAGAGAUGGCGUCCCUUUUUCCGAGGACGAACACGGGACACCUUUGAUCCAGCCCAAUUUAACAUCUACAUUGUGGUCAGCAAGUACAAAUUAUAAGGAGAUAUUAUAUCUCCUUCUCCAAUAUGAUGCCCAACUUGAAUUAACGGACGUGGGAGGACGAACUCCGUUAUCUUGGGCAGCGACAUGUGGAUAUUUGCCCUUGGUGGAGCUUCUUCUUGAUAGCAGCAUAUCUCUUCAUUCCCCGAAACCUGCAUUCAAGAAACUUUCGAGAUCGGAGGAAAAACGUUUGAAAUGGGCAGAGAAAGAAAGGGAUUGCGAAAAGGUAACCAAGAGCUCAGUCAAUCGAGAUUCAUUUAUUGAAACUGACAAUGAUGACUCCCAGUCCGCCCUAUCUUAUGCCGCCGAGAAUGGACAAUACGAUACUGUGCAGUUCCUUCUGGAAAGAACCACACGACGAGACCCGCUCUGGUCUGACCCUGGCUGGGCUCCCCUGGUGUGGGCAAUAAGAGGGGGCCAGGUGGAUAUGGUGAAAUUAUUGCUAUCGGUGCAUGCCCAAAGGUGGCCGGAGCAGUCCCUUGGCUCUUCAGCUGCCGUAGUAGCUGCGCGCGACGGGAAAACAGACAUUAUACCGUUGCUGGUUGAAGCUGGGGUAAAAUUCGAAGCUACUCAAAGAUUGGACUUCAUGACCCCGCUCCAUUUAGCUGCCAUGAACAUGCAUGCUGAUACCGUUAAAUGCCUCCUUGAUAUAACGGAGGUCGAUGUGAAUGCCCCCGAUGGACAUGGUUGGACUGCACUAGACUGGGCGACAAAAGGCCAGACGCGAGCCAAGAUAUACUGGGAGGACACGAGAAUCAAAGACAUGCUACUCAAUCGCGGAGCUUCCCCAUCAUCACGGACAGGGGCAGAGCUCGCGAGCCCGCCACACUAUUUUCUCCGACAAUUUUCAGGGUGUACUUUCGAAGCAGACUUCGGUGAUUUCCCAAUUUCAUUCAGAUGUGAUUGGGACUCCAUUACUCAAGGGAAAAUGAUGCGAGACUUGCCGUAUAAAAAGGGUUUUUAUAUGGGAAUGUCCCCUGACAUACCAUAUGAAACGAUGAAGAUGUUUGAAGGGUGGUCCUAUGAUAGACCUCAACCUAUUCAUAGCUGA